GCAUGAAGAUAGAACAUUAAUGUGGGCAAAAAAAAAAAAAAACAUUUUGACUGAAACACGGCGUUUCAACUCUUCAGAUCUGAAACGUUUUUAAUAAGGCUGAGCAGAAACGGUUUCAUCCCACUGCGCGUUUUGGAUUACACACUCCCAUGCUGCGUUUCUGAUCGAACCCCUGUUUUUAAUCUAGGUUUUCUUCUACCUUCAACCUUUCGCUCUCGAAGUCUCCUGCAAUGGCCAGCCUCAACAGAGGCGGUGGCCCUUUGUAUGGUGGAGGUUCUUACAGAUCCAGAGAAGGUCUCAGCGCUAGAGCAGUCUCUGGUUCUGAAGAAAUUCAAUUGAGGAUCGAUCCCCUGCAUGCUGACUUAGAUGAAGAGAUUACGGGUCUUCGCAGGAAAGUUGGAUUGCUUAAAAAUGUAGCUCAAGAAAUUGAGUCAGAAGCAAAAUUUCAGAAUGACUACCUCUCUCAACUGCAAAUGACAGUGGCUAAAGCUCAGGCGGGGUUGAAGAACAACAUGAGAAGGUUGAACAGGACCAUUGCUAAACACAGCUCAAAUCACAUCCUUCAUGUGGUCCUUUUUGGACUCUUGUGUUUCUGUGUGGUUUACUUAUGGUCCAAGCAUCUUAGAAGAUGAUGAACAAUUUCUUUAGCUUGGCCACAACGAAGCCCUUCUGCCUCAGAUGAUUUGCUGAUCAGAAAUUGGCAAGCAUGUCCAGGGACAAUGCAGAUUGGAGCUGCCUCUGGACUUGGUCAAUGUUGUUAUAAAAAUGAAAUCAGUGUUUUUUUGUUUUAAACAUUUUUUUUUUCUUUUUCUAUGGAAUAGAAGACCCCUGAAGUUACAUCCGUUGUGCUGAAGCAUUCUGUGUAGUGAAGACUACAUUUGAACCAAAGAAAGUGCCUUCCUCUUCA